UUUGACGUAUAUAAUACGAUAUGUGGCAUAAACAAUUUAAUGAUUGCAAAUAUAUUUUGAGACAGAACGAGUUGCUUCCACAUAAUGAACUUUGAAUCUUAAAAAUAUGACAUAUCUUCCCACUUCCUCUUACUUCCGGUGAGGAGAGCAUGCAUGAGUAGAGUGAGUUUGGCUUUUUGACAUGGCUGAUGCUCUUUCAACCCUAUUUAUCAGGCACUUGCCUGCAGAGUUAACUGAAGAUGAGAAGGGGGAUUUACUUAAGCAUUUUGGGGCCGUCCGAACAAAAUGCAUGGGCACAGCAGGAAGGCUACGGCAUACCGCAUUCGCUGUGUUCGAUUCUAAAGAACAGGCAGAAAAGGCCUUAGAACGACUUCAUCAAUUAGAGAUCCUUGGUUGUAGACUAAGUGUAGAAUUUUCAAAGAAACAAUAUGAGAAGUUUCAUCCCAAGUUUUCUGACUCUGAGACAUUCAAAGACAAGCUCAAAGAGGAAAAUUUCAAAAAACAACAAACAACCAAGAUCGAAGAGGAGAAGGUGCUUGAAAAUCAAAUCCCUUCGUUUGGAAAAAUAGCAGAAAAGUUAGGUAUUGAUUAUCCUUACAACCCUAACUUACAUUACAUCUACCCACCGCCAGAUGUUAAUAUCUUGACAAACAUUGCUCAUGCACUUGCAACUGUGCCCAAGUUUUAUGUUCAAGUUUUACAUCUGAUGAACAAAAUGAAUAUGCCAGCACCGUUCGGUCUGGUUACACCAGCCCCUCCCCUUCCUGAAGGUAGGCCUAUAGAGUCCAGACCUUCUGAACCAGACUGGCCAGAUAUGGAAGAAAUGGAGGUGGUAAGCACGGAUGAAUCUGAAAUACAGAGUGACACUGAUGAUGAGGCUAAAGGAAAGAAACAACAACCAGUGAAAAGACAGAAGCAUCAGAAAAAGAGACCAAGAAAGAAACUGAAAUUACAUGAUCUUAUAAUCCCUAAACCUAUACCAAGUGGAACUUUGUCAAAUGCACCAAAAGCAGAGGAUGUUUUUGAACAGCCACAGCCUACAGCACAAAAGAAAAUAGAAAUCAAAGUUCCUGCAGUCGCUGACCAAAUAGAACCAAUUGUACCCAGUGAAAACUUAGAACUUGAAGAAUCAUUUGAGAAACCACCAGUGCAGGUUGAGGAAGGUGGAUUUGGAAAAAUUGAGCCAGUAGUUAAAGAGGCAGAAGCUGAUGACGGCGAAGAAAGUGAUUCAGAUGUAACUCAAUUCAUUUCAUCUAGUGAACUCAAACGUGGGAGGUUAUCCUCAAAAGAAAUGAAAGAUAUAAAUGUGUUUAAAAGAUAUGAUGCUGGUGAUCAAACCAGCAGGUUGUAUAUUAAAAAUCUUGCGAAACAUGUCACAGAAAAAGACUUAAAAUAUGUUUUUGGUCGGUACAUUGACUGGACAUCAGAAGAACAGACAAACAUGUUUGAUAUUAGACACAUGACUGAGGGUAGGAUGAAAGGACAGGCUUUUGUCACAUUGCCUAAUGAGGAUCUUGCUCAAAAAGCCUUGAACGAGACCAAUGGAUUUGUUUUAAAUGGGAAACCAAUGGUUGUCCAAUUUGCACGCUCUGCUAAACCUAAAGAAAAAGAAGACCCCAAGUCAAAGGAAACAAAACUGUGAUACUUGGAUCUAAAAUGUAAAUCAUGACUGGAAAAGCUUUUUGGGUAUAAAGUAGAUUGUAUUACAGUGCAUCUGGAUGGAUUAUUAAUAACAAAUUAUAUUACUUGAA